AAUAUCACCUCUCAAUCUCUCUCUCUUGUCUGAGAUUUUAUCUUUUUCUUUUCUGGGUUUCAUUCAUAUCAUCAAAAAAGGACACAUUUUCUCUCUCUAAAAACGACAAUAAUUCUCGAGUGGAGUCUCCUGAAUUGGGUAUAAACACACGGAACUAAUAUAAGUAAACAAAUUUUGAAUUGUUCAAUUUAUUAAUUAUACACCCACCAGACCAGACCAGACCAGACCAGACCAGACCAGCCCACCUCUACUACUACACUCUUCUUACUACAAGUUCCAAGAAAAUAAAAGAAAAACAAUGGUUAGAGAGAAUCACAGGUACAUGUACCCCAAGAACACCACCACCACAUCGUCGACAAGUGGCGGUGGUUGUGGCGGAGACGGUGGCGAUGACGGCGGAGAUGAGGUGGUGAUGAUGAAUAGUGACAGUAAUAGUAAUAGUAAACCUGCAUGGCUUGGCGGAUUAAUGGGGGAAACAUUCUUUGGAAAUUGUGGGGUCCAUGAGAGUAGCAGGAAGAAUGAGAAGAACAUAUUUUGCUUGCUCUGUUGCCUUAGUAUCUGCCCUCACUGCCUUCCUUCUCAUCACUCUCACCCUCUUCUUCAGGUGAGAAGAUAUGUUUACCAUGAUGUUGUUAGAUUGGAGGAUCUUGAGAAGCUUAUUGAUUGUUCAUACAUUCAGCCCUAUACUAUAAACAGUGCAAAAGUGAUAUUCUUGAAUCAGAGGCCACAGUCAAGGUCUUUUAAGGGCUCUGCCAAUGUAUGCUUCACUUGUGACAGGAUUCUCCAAGAACCAUUUCACUUCUGUUCCCUCUCAUGCAAGGUUGAUCACUUGGUGGAUCAAGAGGAGGAUCUCUCGGCAAUUAUAUAUAGAAUUAACGAAUCUGAUUUUGCGUUUUCGCAAUUCGAAGGAUUGAGGAUGGAUGGUUCGGAGAUUUUUGAUGACGAUGGUCACACUACUCCUAGCUCCAUUCUGGAGGACCAAAUGCAAUUUAAAGGCUCAUCAUGCUCUAGUGAUACCAUAGGUGAUUCGGAAAUUUCACAGGUAUCGGAGGUUGUGAAAAGGAAGAAGAAAGGAAGCGGUUUCAUUCCGGGGUUUGUUCUCUCGUUGAGCAGCAGAAGAAAGGGUGCUCCUCAUAGGGCUCCUCUUUCUUGAACUAGGUCAGAGAGGUUAUUCGCAUUGAAAGGAAAAAAAAUGAUGAGUUAUAAGUAUUAAUAAUAUUAUAAUAAUAUUUAUUUAUAAAUAUAUAUGUUGAAAGCCUAAUUUAUAUGUUCUGGCUCUAUUAAGGCAAUUGUUUGGCUAGAUUAAUGUUUUUCAUGAAGCAUUUUCAUUACUGACCUCGAGUGGUUGUAAAGAGACUGUUUAGAAGCUAGGUUCUUAUGCUUCCACCAAUUUUGUAUGAUGUAAUGGGAC